AGACAGAGACAGACGGAGAGAAGCAACACCUGCAGAGACAGUCGGCAGCCGGAGACGGGACAGUGGACCUGACAGUGAGAGGCAGAGAGCCUCACUCAGAGCCUCAGUGUGAAAGCGACACACACCCACCAACUUAAAACACACCGUUGUUUACUCCUCUCCGCUCUCCGAAGGGUCUGGGAGGUCCCUGGAGUGUGUGUCUGGUCGGGCGCACAAGCUGGGGAGCGUGUGUGUGUGUGUGCGUAUUUUUUUAUGUGUUGAUGAGUGUGUGGGUGUCUUGCGUCACUUUUGAUGGGACAUUGAGAGAUGUGUGUGUCACAGCGUCGGUGGAUGGGCUAUAGGGGGCCGAGCUCCCCCGCCCUCCCCCUGAUCCUCCUCCUCCUCCCUCUGUCCUUCCUCACGCCUCCAUUCGCUCAGGGAGCCAUCCACAUCCCCAAAGACUAUAAAGUGCAUAACAUGUCACAGCCUCCAGUGCUGACGGAGAUGCCGACAUCGUACACAGCCUUUUCUCAAGAGGACAUUAAUCUGCCCUGUGAGGCCACUGGUAACCCAACACCCAUUUUCCGGUGGGUGAAGGACGGUAAGGAGUUUGGCUUCGAGCGUAAAGGAUCUGGGACAUUGCAAGCCGAAGACGACGAGCCCCUCGACGCGUACGAAGGCCAUUACCGCUGCUACGCUUCCAACAACCUCGGGACUGCCAUGACACAAACCGUACACGUCAUCGUGGAGCCUCAACCGGUUCUUCAAAAACAGCAGAAAGUACGUAAGCGAGCGUACGAGGGAGAGAGCAUCGUCCUGUCCUGCAACCCUCCAGAAAGCUCCACUCCUCCGCACAUCCACUGGAUGGACAAGAGGAUGGUGCACAUCAAGCAGAGUGACAGAGUGAUGGUCGGCCUCGACGGGAACUUGUACUUUUCUAAUCUUCUGAGGAGUGACAGCAGGGACGACUACAUCUGCAACGCCCAGUAUUCAGCAGCCAGGACCAUUCUCCCCGAGACUGCCGUUACCCUCACUGUCAUGCCCAGUAAUGACGUUGCUAAUGGUAGAAAACCCCAUCUCUUUCUCCCCAUUGGCACCCACAGCACAGUGAACACCCUCAGGGGUCGUAGCAUCACCCUAGAGUGCAUCCCCAAAGGCCUACCCACGCCCAAGGUGGAAUGGAAGAAGAAGGACGGCAGCCUGGAUGAAACAAGCGGCCUGGUGGAAAACAACGGCCGCUGGCUUAAUUUCAACAGCAUCAGCCAGAGCGAUGACGGAGAGUAUGAGUGUAGAGCCUCCAACCUCCAAGGCUCCAUCACACACUCCUUCACCGUCACUGUGGAAGCGGCUCCUUACUGGGUGAAGGAGCCUCAGAACCUGCUGUACGCUCCUGGGGAAACUGUACGACUGGACUGUCAGGCCGAGGGCAUCCCGACCCCCAACAUCACCUGGAGCAUCAACGGUCAGCUGCUCUCAGAAGUGGAUGACGAUCCCCGUCGUAGUGUACUGGGUGGCGUGUUGAGACUGAGGGAUGUUGAAUUCGCUGACACCGCUGUGUAUCAGUGUGAGGCCACCAACAAUCAUGGCUCCAUUCUCCUCAACACCUACCUCUAUGUCAUCGAGCUCCCUCCUCAGAUCCUCUCCUCUGAUCGAGUCGUGUACAAAGUCACUGAGGGCGGAGACAUCAAGCUGCACUGUGAAACCUUUGGUUCUCCACGACCACACGUCACAUGGGAGGGUGAAGACAUGGUUCCUCUGUUGUCGGACCCUCGUGUGUCCCUGCUGACCAAUGGGACGAUCGAGCUGUCCAGCGUCAGUCAUGAGGACAGCGGAACGUACACUUGCUCCAUCAAACACACCAAUAUCUCCAUCACCGCUCACCUGGAAGUCUUCAAUCAAACAGUGGUACUGACGAGCCCCCAGGACGUGCGCACUCUCAGGGGAACCAGCGCUCUGUUGGACUGUCGCUUCUACAAAGACCCUCGGCUCAACAAAUACCAAAUUGUCUGGAGGAUAAACGGACAAAAACUGCUGGAGUUGCCGGGCAAUGACAAGUACACUAUCUUUGAGAAUGGAACCUUGAAAGUGACAAACGUCCAAUCAGAAGACACAGCGCCUUAUUCCUGUGAGGUCAUCACUGACCUGGACAACGUGAAAGCGAGCGGCUCCAUCACUGUAGUGGCACGACCGGACCCUCCGAAGGAUCUGUCUCUGUCUGAUAUCGCCGACCACAGCCUCACUCUCAGCUGGAUCCCGGGACAGUCCCACAACAGCCCCAUCGCAGAGUUCAUCGUGGAGGCCCAGGAGGAGCAGCACACAGAGGAGGGGAAGUGGAGGUGGGAGGAGUGGAAGCGAGUGCCCGGGGACUUCAACCACCUGCAGCUUAACCUCCACCCCUACUGCACCUACCGCUUCCGGGUCAUCGCCGUCAACGAGAUUGGACCCAGCAACCCCAGCAAGCCCUCGCAACACCACCGCUCGCCGCCUGCUGUUCCUGACUUCAACCCCACCGGUGUGCGCAGUGACUCCACGGACCCAAAGACUCUGGUCAUCACAUGGAAUGAAAUGGAGAAGCACUUGCAUAACGGCCAGGACUUCCAGUACAAGGUGUCAUGGCGGGAAGCCGGGGAGACAGGUGUACACUGGAACUACAGCUACAUAAAGUCUCCGCCAUUCUUGGUGAACAACACAGGAACCUAUACACCGUUUGAGAUCAAAGUCCAGGCCGUCAACUCGCUUGGAGAAGGACCGCCACCAGAAGCUGAGAUCGGACACUCUGGAGAGGACAAGCCUGAGGAUGCUCCCACUGGAAUUGAAACUACAGUGUGGAACAGCACAGUCAGAGUCAGGUGGAACGAAGCUCAGAACAUCCGAGGUCUGCUGCUGGGAUACAAGAUCCACAUCAAGAGGUUGGGUCCCCAGGUUGUUCGGGACCGGAGGUCUCUUGGAAAACUGCACCACGGAAAGGGGAAAGAGGACAGACUGGAGCGAGGGAAGGAAAUGGACAGAGAGAGCAGGGAGGUGGUGGUCUACGGCCAGAAGACCUCGGAGGAUGUGCUAGGGCUGCAGCUGUUUUCUCGGUAUGAACUGACCGUCACUGCCUUUAACAGCAAAGGGGAGGGUCCCCACUCUGCGCCUCACCACUUCAGCACCCCAGAGGGAGCUCCUGGUCCUCCUGCAUCACUAAGGUUUGAGAGCCCGACAGAAAAAUCUGUAGUCCUAUACUGGACCCCUCCAGUUGAAACCAAUGGCAUUCUGCUGGGAUACAUGGUGCAGUACGAAGAGGAGGUGGAGAGCAGAGACAACCCGUUGCAGAUGCAGAUGGAGGUCAGUGACCCCAGUGUGACUCACAUUGUGCUGGACUCUCUGGAAUCCAGCAGCCAUUACAUCUUCAAAGUGAUAGCACGCACCGCAAGUGGAUACGGACUUCCCAUCACACAGCGGGGCGCCACCCUGCUUGACGGAGCUCCUCCGUCGAACAUCACCAUAGUCCAGGGUAACACCUUACUCAACCUGAGCUGGGUGCCCGGAGAGCGAAUCAGGAAUCACGGCUUCCACAUCUGCUACCUCAGGAAGACCCCCGGGGCCGAUUGGCAGGAGUCAGAGGUGGUGAACUCCACGCAGGGUUUCUAUUCACUGACAGGCCUCCAACCGGGGACUGAGUACCAUCUGAAGAUCAAGCAUGGAAACGACACCCAGUGGGAGAAUGUGACAUGGACCGUGGGACCAGUGCCGUCUGAGAUGCCCGGCGGCUUCGCCACCCAGGGUUGGUUGAUAGGACUCAUCAGCGCCAUUGUGCUGCUCGUGCUGAUCCUGCUCAUCCUCUGCCUCAUCAAACGCAGCAGGGGCGGCAAAUAUGCAGUGAAGGACAAGGAAGACAAGGAGGUGGACUCUGAAGCUCGGCCGAUGAAAGAUGAGACCUUUGGAGAGUACAGAUCCCUGGAGAGUGAUGGAGAUGAGAAGCGCUCGGACAGCCACCCGUCUCUCUGUGGGGAGAGUAAGCUGGGCAGUGACGACUCUCUGGCCGAAUACGGAGACAGCGUGGACAUCCAGUUCAACGAGGACGGCUCCUUCAUCGGCCAGUACAGCGGCCGGGGACCAGUUCCCCAUGGCAACGAGAGCUCCGGUCCCGCCUCCCCCGUUAACGCAAUCCCACCUCCCCCCAUCGCUCCAUCCAUGUCGAGCAUCCUGAACCGGCCCAGCUAGACAAACACACACACACACUAACAUACACAUUACAAACACACACACACACUAACAAACACAUUACAAAA